AAGAGUGCGGCUGCUCCUGCAGACAUGAAGACCUACUUCUGGUGCGCCUUGGCCCUCGGUUUCCAGAUCGGAGUUUUAACAGGAGAAAUCAAUGACUCAACCAAUCAUAAGAUGUUUUCAUUUCACAAUGGAGGUAUACAGAUUUCUUGUCAAUACCCUGAGAUUGUCCAACAGCUAAAAAUGCAGCUGUUUAAGGGGGAAGAAGUUCUCUGUGAUCUCACCAAGACCAAAGAUGAUGGAAACGUGUUAUCCAUUGAGAAUCAGAAGUUCUGUCCAUAUGAGCUGUCCAACAACAGUGUCUCCUUUUACUUAAACAACUUGGGCAGUUCUCACGGGAGCUAUUACUUCUGUAGGCUGUCAAUUUUUGACCCACCUCCUUUUCAAGAAAAGAUCUUUAGCAGAGAAUAUUUGCAUAUUUACGAAUCACAACUUUGCUGCCAGCUGAAGCUCUGGUUGCCUGUAGGGUGUGCAGCUUUUGCUGUGGUAUACAUUUUUGGAUGCAUAUUUAUCUUCUGGUUUGCAAAAAAGAAAUAUGGAUCCAGUGUGCAUGACCCCAAUAGUGAAUACAUGUUCAUGGCAGCAGUCAACACAGCCAAGAAGUCUAAAUUUACAGGCCUGACUCCAUAAUCUAGAACACUCUGGCACCCACGGAGGAACCACACCGACCAGUUUCCCUGACACUUGAACUGAGAAAUUCUAUUUUCUGGACCACAGGACAUCUGACUACAGGAAUCUCCUUUGGGUGUUUUGUUUGUCUGGAUCAGUGAUUGCCUGAGAAUUGCUGAGUUCUUUUAAGGCGAACACCUUCUAAUAGAAGGUCCAACUCAUGUGUACUCAACAAACAGACCUCACUGGGUUAACCCCCCCCCCCCACACACACACACCGCAUCUGCUUCUAGCUACACACAGGCCAGUAAAACAAGCACACCUACAACAUUUUCACAAAAAUCCAAGGGUAUUAAUCUGCAAAGCACACAAGCAGACAAAGGUCAGAAUCUGCCCUCAUAUUUUAGAUUACUUUUUCUUGCUGUAGGGAUCAGUAUGCCUUCUAGAAUCAGCCAGUAGAGGGAGAUGCUUCUACUGUAACUCUUGUGUUUCUAAGGUGUGAGUGUAUAUACCACACUGAACUCAUGCUUUAGUACCAACACAACAUUCUCUUUCAACUUCUAGACUCCAGCUGAUCACUGUUGGAGGGGUUUAGAUGCCUUCUCUUGCCUUCAGUUUUCCCUUUAAAGACACUUCCUCAUGUCUACUUGGCAGCCUGCAGCCACUGCAAACAGGAAGUUCAAUCUACAUGUUUCUUCCUUCUGCUGCUCAAAAACAGCAGGAGAUAUAAUUUUCUCAUAUUCUUCCUGCCAAAGUACUGUUUUUUUCCCUCUAAAAACAUCUUAUUUUUCUCAAAUUCAGUUAAAACGUGUUGCUAUUAAUGGUGGGAGACAUUGCUCAGGAUCAAAAGCAAAUUAAUUUUGCUAGUAUGUUUUCUACCGUUAUCCAUGUUUCCAUGGUGCUAUUAAUCACAAGCAUAGCUAUUUUUGUAGAUCAUAUUAUAGCUGCAAGCAAGCAAAGCAAUCUGUGGUUAAUGGGCAAACGUUCUUCUGGGGUAGAGUGAAUUAUCUACUUAGUCUGAAAGCUGUAGUUUCUGGAGGUGACUGCCAGACUGCAGCCACACUUCCUCUGGGUUUGACAGGCUAUAAUCGUUCCCAUGAGCCUGGAGUAGGACUCCAGACUGCGUUGGAAUCCGAAGGUUGUGAGAAGUCAUCAAGUCUGGGACAAGCAGCUCCUUUGGACUGUAGGAUGUGUGAAGAAGCACAGAGGAGCCAAGACAGAGUUCCUUCUCCUAGAAAAUAUGCAGCCUGGAAGUCAGCCCUGGCACUUUAGGAUAGUCUUCUUUAGAACACGAGUUAGCUGUAAGGAUUGCUCUGAGCAGGACCAUUUUCUCCACAUUCCUGUCAGCAUGCCUAAGGCUUCUGGAGCCGUCAAUGUGUGUGUAACAUUUUAUUUUAACUUUAAGUAAAAUAAGGCUGCUUCACAGUCUUAAAUUGUAGUUGCCUACUUACAGUUUACUUCAAAAGUGAGACCUGAUGUAUCAUUACAUACUUAUUAUGUUAAGCAUGUGUAAUGCUGGCUAUGUACAGUACAGUACUGAACUUGUAAUUUGAAUCAAGUAUGGUAUUCUCUCUUUUCAGCUGAUUCGGGCAGCCUGACUGGCUUUGGAAGGGUAUUCCCUGAGUUGAAUAUACCUUCCUAGAUGGGGGUGAAGCUGCAGAGGCUAGCGUUCACGUUGUUCCGUGGAGGAUCCCCAAUCCCAACACUGAACAGUUAACCAUGAAUUAUAAAAGAACAAAAUUUCUGUGAAAUAGAAACUGGCUUUAGGAGGAGCCACUUGUUAAAAGAUACUAGCAAUAACAAGAACUAAAGGGUAAAUAUUUGUGUCUAGCAAUGGACUAUAACCUUGCUGUGUUUCCUGCGGGCAAAGAAGUGAUGACCUUAGUUAGCUACCACAUACAAAUUAGGCCUUGCUCUCCAGUGACCUCGUGUGCUGCAUAAUAUAGUUGCUUUCUUCAUCUUGUUCUCUCCCUUUUAAACACUGAAAUAUCUACAAACUCAUAAGAAAACAGACAUACAAAGGACAAAGAGUGUUCCGGCUUCUGAGUUACUUUAUGCAUGGACCUCCUGGUCCUAUGGAAUGGUGCUUAUUUUCUACAGAAAAGAAGGGUGUGCUCUCAGACGACUUGACAGCCACCAACAUCAGAUUUCCUCUAGUUUUGGUCUGCAUUCAAGAUCUGUCCCUUGUUUCUAGAAUGCAUAUCGGAGCUGAAGGCUCUGCUGGGGACUUCCCUUUCUGUGUAGUUGUUAGGUCUCUGGAGUGUUUAUUCUGGACAGUUCUUCAGUCUGUGGCCUUGGCUCUCUUGCAGACCACAAGUCAUUAUUUUUUUAAUGUCCCUUGUUUGGGUCACUGUGACGUUUCUUCAUGAAUAAAAUCAGGUUAUUCACCUUUAUCAGAAGUAACAGAGAAGUGGUAUUGUGUUCUUUCAAUUGUGCCCUAAAGGGCAG